AUGCCAGUAACGGUUGGAGAAGCGGCCAGCGGUCUGACGAGUAUCGUUUGGAAGACAAAAGUCAAACACGUUUCGCAGUAUCACACAAACGAGAAAGUCCAACUGAAUCGUUUCCACCCAUGCGCCGCUUACACUGUGACGUGCCAUUUGUACAGCCAGACUGUCAAUCCCAAGAAAAACAUGUACGAAAUUGAGCUGUAUUUAGUAUGGCACAGACAAUCGACGACGUUGAGCGGAGGAGAAGUAAGCGUCAAGCCGGAAAAUCAUCACCGUCCAUUCGCCAUUUGGGGCAGCGUCGACGGAAGCGACAAGUUUAAACUGAAGGAGUUGAGAGGAGCAGGGAAGAAAGAAUGGAUGUCUGGAUUAAUCCCUUUCAAAUUCUCUCGUUCUAGCAAAGAGAAGUCGUUGCCGUUGACGUGCAAGUUCUGGGUCGAGUUCGAGACAUUCAGCCGGAGCCAGAAGAAUGCCCUGAAACACGUCAAGGAUUUGUACGUCCAGCAGAGCAAUUGCGAUGUCCAGUUUCGUUUCAAAGGACGGGAGCAGCUGGGCGCCCAUUCUGUCAUCCUGGCGGCCAGGAGUCCGGUUUUCGCGGCCAUGUUUCAGCACAACAUGAAAGAGGCAAUCACGGGCGAAGUUGACAUUGAAGACAUCCAGCCCGACAUUUUUGACCAACUGCUCCACUACAUCUACUCCGGACGGAUGUCGAAACCCAUGACGGAAGCUUCUGCCCAUCUUCUCUACGCGGCGGCUGACAAAUAUGACAUUGCUGAUUUGAAGAAAGAUUGCGUCAAAUUCCUGUUGUCUUGUGUUCGAGUGGACAACGUCCUCAAUUUGAUGAUCUGGUCGCACAAUUUUUCAAUCACAAAAGCCAAGGAAGCGACUGUCGCCUUCGCAGCCAGACACGGCAAGGAAAUUUGCAAACUGGAAAGUUGGGAGAGGCUGACGAAAAACUACCCGGAGCUGAGUGUGUUGGCCACUCGCCGCAUGAUGGAAAACAUGUUCACCUUAAUUGUUAAAAAUUAA